AUGUCCAUGUUCAAGGCCCCAGCUCAGAUGCCGGUUCCAACUUAUCGAAGCUUCGAAGGGGAGUUGGCGCGCUGGUCCAUGUCGAAGUGGCGCCGUGGCUUGGCUGAUGGGUCGAAGAUUGAGUUGGGGGGUUCACAACUUUACAAAUCGGGCUUUGAGGGUCGAACCGGGUGGAAGGGGCUACUUCUCCCGCUGCCUGCCAAGUCCAACCGUUCUCUCCGUCCAUACCUACCUACAGGAAGUCCUUUCCUUCCUUUGGGGGGCCGGGCAGUGGUGGGACGACAAGAGGUGGGACGUCUCCUUCCGUGGGCCGGCGACCGCCGUCCGUCAUCCGUCGUCUCCAUGCCCAAGGUACCGAUACGUCGCAUCCACCUCAUGGAGGCACGCCGUACCCAUGGGCCUUGGAUUCCCAUGGCUGAAAUCAACACAAACCCUCACGAGGAUCACGAAACGGAGUUGGGCCGGGCGAGGUUCCCCUUUCUGUCUUGCUCCUGGAACAUUCUUAGCCUCCACUAUCAGUACGGAGUAUACAUGGACAAUAAUACGGACAAGUCUGUUACGGGCCACGGUAGAGCAAGUAUGUCAUCUGUCCCAUCUUUGGCCAUCCCAUCAGCACAUCGGUCGAUUGAAUCCUUCAUUUCGACCACGUAUCUACAUGACACACAUGCCUUGCCGUUAGUCGAGCCCAGUCAGUCAGCCUACGGAGCUAGUGCCACCGUGAAGGGGAAGCAACCUGGACAAAAAGUGAAGGACGUUGACGAGACGAAGAACAUGACAAAGUAUCCGAAGCCUGAGGAUGGAGACCUCGACCUGGGUACGUCCCCCGCCCCUUCCAUUCUCCUCCUGUGCUCCGCGAGGUGGCUCUUUCCCUUCCCUUCUGUUCACGAUGACAGAGAAAAGAUACGUACCUGCUCCCCUGGGUGUGAUGGAAGGAGGAAGGAGGAAGGUGUGGACUCUCUGGGCUUGAAGGUGGGUCUAGAGUCUCCACCCAAGAAGCUGCAGAUGUUUCAGCUGAUGUCCACUCCUCUUGUCGUUGGAGACAGCAAUGGAACGUUGGGCGAAAGACUCAGGAACACCUUCAACGGUCACCCCAGCUCCCUCCGACCUCCUCACGCUUCUCUACCAUCCCCCAGUCAUCAUCGUCUUUUACACUUCUCUCGGAUAACCUCAGCUUCCGGCCGCCGCACACGGGACGAAAGAUCCAAAAUCUGUGAGGUCCGCGAGACGGAAACCAAGAUUCCACACGCCACCAGCUGCACUAUGGAAACAAGCUUGCGUCGGGGCCAUAAGACGCCAGAACAAUAUCGGCGUGCGAUGCGAGAUUGUCAGAAGACCAGACGCUGGCUUGACACGCCGAAGCACCCGCAGAUGCAGAGUCUCGAGCUCAUUUCCCCCUUCAGAUCCCCCUUCAGAGGGCUCAGUCCUAGCUUGACGGAAUACGGCAUGCUCCAGCAGCGUUUCUACUCUGUCAUCGCAUCGUCCAUCAUCACCGAUCAUCAUCUCGAGCGACCAAUAGCCCACACUAGCCAGCUGUUUGCUGACCGACCAAGUUUGCUGCACGCUUCGCUGACGAAAGUCGGUGAGCACAGGCACCCAUCGCACACGUUGCGAGAUGCGCCGGAUCGUGGCACACAGCUCAGGUCCCUCAAGCUUGGCUUCCGCGAAGAAGAUGAGUUGACGGAGAGGGAUGCGACGCAAACUCGGCCCACGGAAGCUUGGGUCGACAAGCUCUUCGCCUUCGACACCUUACCCUUCGGCCUCGGGCCCGAGGCCUCUACGCAAAGAUACCCGGAGACGGACGAGACAGGACUCAGCUGUCUCCAGGCCCUCUGUGGCCGCCGACAGACCAGCCCGCCAAACUCCAAAGCCAGCCCAGGUCAACAACCUCUGACAAGGACUGCUGCAGGGCGAUAUCCCUGCGCCGAUCAUCUCGAAGCGACAACCUCUCGAGCUUGCACCCUCAGACCCCGGUCUCGAGUGAUUUACAAUGGUUUCAUCUCAACUUUUAUCCUCUGCACUAACGCCAUCAUGAUACGAAAAAAGACUCGGGACCUACUCCACACGAGCUUCACACCAUCUCCAGUUUUCCGUCUAUCUCCCUUCUUCGCGGAUCUUUCUGGUGGCCCCAAGAGUUCGAACGACGAGGGGACGAGGAGUAUUCUUCAGCGGCCUGUUCCUUGCAACUACGACGCUGGAAGUGUUAGGCGGCGCCUUGCUAACCCCCGUCGGUGCUCGAAUCACAAAAUAUUCCGCGAGACCAACAUGGCCCGUAUGCACCAGUACGUGCGAGCGGUCGGCAGAGGCGUGUCAGCGAGGCAUGCGGUGUUCCUCGAAGGCUUUGAGGCGUGUCUCAAAGCCAUUGAGCAUACCAAAAAGGUGUUUGAAGGCCUCAGAUGCCAAAUGAGGCUUAUGGCUAUGGCUAUGGCGGCAUGCACGACACGACAAGUCAACUCAUGUUUUGCCCCGUCCUUUGCGGUCGGCUCGUCGACAUUGACCAUCCGUCACCAGCAUGCCGAAUGCUUGAGCAAGCGAACUCGAUCUACCGGACCGCCCUCGGUCGGUUCAGCCGCUAUCUCAUCCCCCACAAGAUCCUCCAAUUUCCGUCCGCGCCUUGAGACAAACGCCGCUGCCGAAUAUAGAAGACUGAGAGCUUCCAUCGAAGGGCCCGUGGGCACAACAAGCAGCAAGUCACCUGUCUGGGGCCUCUGGGGCAACAUUGUUUGUUUCAUUCUUUUCGUAUUCUGGAAGCUGAGAGUGCUCUUCGCUAAGCCCUUUGACCAAAAUUGUGACUGCUUGAGACAAAAACAACAUCGGCAACGGUUUGAGAGAGAGAGCCUGUUCAUUCGACCAUCAGACUUUUCUUCUCUUUCUCUCCAUUGUCAUUUGCCCCUUGCGUCAACCGCCCGAGGCAAUUUCAGACGUGGUGGACAGAUUUGGGAGGCGGGCCACAAGAGACAAGACUCGAGAGAGGAAAGGGGAUGGAGGGCACGUCCGAUUGCACACCUACCUGUGCUCCUAAACUUCUUCUUCUUCUUCUCUUUACCUUCGCAUCGGCGGCCUGAAGAGGCCAGGGAUCAGGGCACCUUUCGGCGUGCAGUCUGA